AUGCUUCACGCUUGCACGAAUGUCUGGUCACGAUUGGUUCGUAUAUACCUUGGCUUUCCGUGGUGCCUGGCAGCUUUGGCCAACGACCGUCUUGACGCAGCUGUGGCGGAUAGAAUUCUCAGUCGCUUCGAGAACGCCAGGCCUUGUUGUCUUGACGCAGCCUUCAGCCAGAGGGUCAGGAACGUGAUGACUUCCCCUGCAGAUCUCAAGUCAGGGGGAAGACUCCACGACUUGAUCCAGCUGCUAUCUUGCCAGAAGGUGCUGAAUGCCAAGGUGGAGGACACCUUUGCCAGGCACAACUCCGUUGCCCAGGCUGCCCGAGGCAAGCCUGUUGGACUUGAUGCAAACUCGGCCAAGCACAUCCUCGCCGAGCUCAAAUCGCUGCAUGUCCAAUCUUUGGCUCGCAACACUAAAGGUUCCAGCAGCAGCGGCCUGCAACUGCUCCCUGAGACGGACAGUGUUGACAUUUCAGCGAAGGAACUUUGCCACGCUGGAUUCCUGACUCUUGAGAAAAAGGGCCAAGAACAAGCCAUCCCCGCAUUGCAAGAUGCUGAAGGUGGCAGCGUGCGAAGACCCUCCUCCACUACAUCAUCGGCAGCUGCACCGGUUUCUGAGUUUGCGCAAGGGAUGUGUCACGAGAUUGAUACUUUGGACAGUGCCUUGGGCCAUGGGUCAUCAUCAGCACUGGCGGCCAUUGAUGAGCUGCUGCAGCACGACGCGCGACUCGCGGCAGCCGAGCCGCCGAAGCGCAAACCACGAGGCUCUGCAAGUUUCCUGCGGUACGCUGCUGAAGUGAGGAAAUCGACGCCUCGACAGCACAGGGAAACUCCAAAGGCGCAUGCUGACAGGGCACUUGCAGCAGCAAGGGCGUCUUGGAAGGCGAACGCGGACCUCAGGAAGCACCACAAUGAUCGGGAGCAUGCCAUUCAGGUGCAGGGCAGGGCUCGCCGCGCACGUGAGCGCUUUGUGGCCCAACAGCGCUCGGUCAAGCCAGCCCAUCAUCGUGCCGGACCAUUGGGAUUGGGCGACGACCGCCAUCCCAUCAACACGAAACUCUUCUCAGCCUUUUACACAGGCCAUCGUCAGGUGGUCGCCACUUGCAGCGACUCCUGGCGCAAGGCCCAUGGUGGCAUGUGCGACGAUGGCACCAUCUGGAAUGACCAGCCCCUGCAGAAGCAAUGUGCAGCAUCGUUUUGCCGAACGCGAGAUCUGGCAGCCCUUCCUGCAGGUACCUUCCAGCAUCUGCAAGGUUUUCUUCAAAAUAUAUGCAGACUCUUGCGGCAGAGUGCUCGGAACGAUAAGGGGCAGAUCACAGCAGCCUCAAGGCAUUUCCUGUUCUUCAUUCGCUUCGGCGGCUGUGUCUUGGGCUGGCUUGUGACGAACCCACACUUCAAGCCACUGAGUUUUGAAGGAAUUGCCGUGACCGUGCCCCAACAAGCGCAUGAUGCACCAUUCCAGGUGCAGCUCGCUGCCGAAAGUACCACGAGCAACGGGGUAGAGAAGCGUCAUUUCAAAUUCGUUUCGUUGGAUGAUGUGGCAAGGGACCUCGCGAAGAGAGCGAGCGAGGCUGGGGACAGUGUCGACCAGUGGGAGUGGUGCCACGUUCCCUACAAGCUUUACACCAGCACGCCACUGUCCAUUCUGCACAUCACAGAGCCACUUAACUGGGUCCUUGUGGGUGGGGGUGACUGGUCAGCUGGACUGGCAGCAGAGGACGAGAUUCCGGGUCAAGCCGCUGACCAACCGGAUGAGGACGAGCUGGGGGAAAUCUCUGAAAUGGUUGCAGCCCUUCAAGGCCCCAAGCCACCGGCGGUGCCCAGGAGUAAGGCGACAGCGAGUGCAGCAAAGGCAAAAGCGGCAGGCAGCGACUGGACUGGCAAAUUGAUUCGUGUUUUGUGUGAGGCUCGCUGA